UCAACUUCAACAUAUAGAAGUUUGGGAGCCCCGGCUGUUAUUUCAUGUUGCUUUGACGGUUUUGUUGUACAUACAUCACCGAAAAAGGCCGAAGGAAAAAAGAAGGGAACGGCGACGCGGCGAUGUUAAAUCAGGCAGUGGUCGAAGCACUUUAUUCAGCGACCUAUAUCGAAAACUAUUUGGAUUGCGUGGAAAAUCUGCCAAAUGACUUGCAGAGGCACGUCUCCCGAUUACGAGAGCUCGAUGCUACUUGUCAAACAUAUCUACAUGAAGUGGAUCAACAACAAGAGGUAUUACGAAAUGACACAGAUCCUAUAGUGAAAAGAAGAGCAUUGAUGAAAGUACAGCAAGCUCUAAUUGCAGCACAGGAAAUAGGAGACGAGAAAUUACAGAUUGUUCAGCAAGUGCAAGAUCUUAUUGAGAAUAAAUCUAGGCAGUUAGAAGUAGAUUAUCGAAAUUUAGACUUUGGAAAGGAACAAGAAAGCUCAGAAUCAGUCCGUGAAUCAAAUAUAAACAACAGUUCAAAUAAUGCGAGCCAUGCAAACAACUCGGAACGUCAGCCAAAACGUGCAAGAAGAACAAGAACUGAAACCUUGAUAGAAUCAGCUCAUUCUAUGGACAUGAUGGUUGGAAUGACAGAAACAAGAUCUUCGACAUUAUCCAAUACAACUAAUGGAAAUCAGAAAAAGACAGCAGCGGCGGCUACUGGUAAAAAGAAGAAGCGAAAAUCUCGGCAAGGCAAUCAACAAAACCAGCAUCGUGAGGAUACUCCGCCGCCACCAGAAGAUGAUCUCGCUAUAGAUCCCGAUGAGCCAACUUACUGCCUGUGCGAUCAGAUAUCGUACGGCGAGAUGAUCCUUUGUGAUAACGAUCUAUGUCCCAUCGAAUGGUUUCAUUUUUCCUGCGUUUCUUUGACGACAAAACCUAAGGGUAAAUGGUUUUGUCCCAAGUGUCGCGGUGAUAGACCUAACGUCAUGAAACCCAAGGCGCAAUUCCUUAAAGAAUUAGAAAGAUACAAUAAAGAAAAAGAAGAGAAGUCAUAGCAAGAACAUGGCG